GCUGUGAAUUUGCCUUUGUUGUCUCUCGUAUACAUUCAGAAAAGUAAAAAUGGCCUGCAGACUUGUGGGCUACUGUCAUUGCUAAGUGAGCGUAGCUUUAUUUCUAGCCAGAAGGAAGAUUGUAUUAGCAUGAAUAAAACACCCCCCCCCACCCCAUGCACACAAGCAGCUGGCCACCACCCUGUACCCAUGGCAACCUCACAAGCUGCAGUAGGAGGAGCCAACUGACAGCUCCAGGAUUGGUCGGCUGCAGGUGUUCUGAGGUUCCAUAUAGAGGUUGUGGGAGUGGUCUUGGCCCCCCACAAUGAGGAAGGGGUCUAGAGGAAAGUGGCACGUGGUUUGGCAAGCCAGUCUACUCCACCUGUGCAGACAGCACCAGAAAGCAAAAGGCAGGUCUCACUGUGCUCAGAGCUGAAACUGUGUGAUGUGCAAUGGCGGGAAAGCUGGGAAAACUGGGAACUGUAUGAGAGGGGAAACCAGAUGGCAGAAUCCCACCUUUCUUGCUUUAGUAGUUGAUCACCAACACGAUGUGAAAAAGAUCUCGCUAGGGAGCUGCGUAUGCAGGUGUGACUGAAAUGUGAACAAGCAGGAUGAUGCCAUGGUAACACUGACCUCAAUCCAGUGACUUCACUAAUACUUUAAAGCAGGAGUGUAGUACAAACCCCACACCAAUAAGAUGGUCCUCUUUGGCACUGGAGUUCACUAAUACUCUAAAGCAGGAGUGUAGUACAAACAUCACACCAAUAAGAUGGUCCUCUUUGGGACUGGAGUUCACUAAUACAAUAAAGCAGGAAUGUAGUACAAACACCACAGCACUGAGAACCAAGACUGUAGUUCAAAUCAAUAGGUUUAUACCAGAAAGUUUAGAGAGCUUUAAUCAGCCUUGUCUUGUACCACACUCUCAUUGCUCGUAAUUCUCUCUCUCUCUCUCUCUCUCUCUCUCUCUGGCUCUGGGGAGGGGGAAAGAGGGAUGACUGUAGGGCUAUUUGCUGGCCUGUUGUCAUGGAAACUGGGCCUUGCCUUCAGCCAGUUCCCUUUGAAAGAUGUAAUGGCCUCGUGUCUGGGCAGGGUGCACAGUAUGUUGUGCUGAGCUGAUAGUGUCUGAGGUACGCAUCUUCCCACUGAAUACACCUUCAGUGUGUUACUAAUGUACUCAACGUGUUUUCCCAAAGCAAAUCCAGAGCAAGUAGAACUUGAGGAACACAUAAGGAUUUAGUUUUGAAUUAUUAUUUUAAAUUCAGGUUUAUUGCACACGUGUAUAACAAAGCGCAGUUGGAACCUACCUGACAUUAUCUAACCGAGCCGCACCCAGUCUGGUUCGUGUGCGUUCAACUUCUCAGGCUUAAACUUUUCUGGGUUUGUCGGCGGGACUAAAAAGUCUAGCAAAGGCGUGUGAAAGCGUCGGUUUAGCGUAGCUCCGUGCGCCUUUCCCCCGCCUUUGCCGGCUCUGGGUGGUGCUGAAAGGACAGCGCCCAGCGGCGCUCCUUGUCCAUGGCAUGACCACGCAAAACGCGCGCCUGCUGCGCCGCCUCCACCCAUAAUAUAGACCGAUCUCUUCGCUGAAACGAGGCAUGAGCCACUCAGAAUAAUCCGCCAUUUGAACAAUAGAGGAAACAGCGAGGGAUCGGGGUGGAUAGCGUUAGUAGUGCACACUAGACGCACCGACACCGCCUCACCUCCGCCCGUUUCUCUUUAUCAUUCUCUCACUUCUUUCCCACCUCCCUCUUCCUCUGUUUGGUGUGGAGCUGCUCUGUAUGACAGUCUGCCUUUGAUUCGCGCAUUUAACGCAAAAUUGUGAGUCUGCAUGCGUCUCUUUUCCGGAUCUGAUUCCUCAUUUCGUCCUUAAUUAACUUGUUUGCGACAGAUUAAGGUAUAUUCGCCGUUAUGCAGCUGCCUACCAUUGGUAUUAAACGUAAGAAGUUACAGAAGGUCUGUGUCAUGCUGUCAACGGUGCAUCAUACAUACUGUUAAGAUUAUUUUCAUACAGCAUAUAACUAAUAAACAGCACGUCGGAUUUUCGUUAAUAGUGAAAUCUCUUCCGUGGUCGCUGUCCUUUCCUUGUCUUUUCAGCAUUAAAUUGCGGACUCGGAUGUGUUGCGCCGUCACCAACCACCCAGUCACAAUUUAACUGAGCAGAUCAGCAGCCGGAGCCGGAUUCCCAGCAGAGCCAUGUCCGCCUCGGAGGACGUGCCCGCCUUCUUCAGGACCAUGGGCUCCGGCAGCCCCAAGCCCCGGCACAAAUUCUGCGGCGUGUUUUGCCCGGUGGAGGGAGCGACCGACAACAAGACGCUGGAGCUGAGCUCCGUGCCGGCGUGCAGAGGGGAUGGCCGUGUCAUCGAGAAGCAGGGGGACGUCGGAAGGAGGGUGGAAAUCCGGACAAGCGCCGGCAAAGAGGCUCUACAGAAUCUCGGUGACACGAGUGACCGUCUGCUAAUCAAGGGUGGGAAGAUCGUGAAUGAUGACCAGUCCUUCUACGCUGACAUCUACAUGGAGGACGGCCAGAUCAAGCAGAUCGGAGAGAACCUCAUCGUUCCUGGGGGUGUGAAGAUCAUUGACGCCCACGGGCGGAUGCUCAUGCCCGGUGGCAUCGAUGUCCACACCCGCUUCCAGAUGCCUGACCGGGGCAUGAUGGCCGUCGAUGACUUCUACCAGGGGACACGCGCUGCCCUGGCCGGCGGGACCACCAUGAUCAUUGACCAUGUGGUCCCAGAGCCAGGAGGCAGCCUGAUUUCGGCCUUUGAGCAGUGGAGGGACUGGGCGGACAGCAAGGCCUGCUGUGACUAUUCCCUGCAUGUCGACGUGACCAGCUGGCACAAGGGGCUGCAAGAGGAGAUGGAGACUCUGGUGAAGGACCAUGGUGUGAACUCUUUCCUCGUGUACCUGGCCUAUAAGGACAUUUUCCAGCUCUCUGACUCCCAGAUCUAUGAGGUGUUCAGUGUCAUCCGUGACCUGGGGGCCAUCGCGCAGGUCCACGCAGAGAACGGCGAUAUCGUGGCUGAGGAGCAGCGCCGGAUCCUUGAGCUGGGCAUCACCGGACCGGAGGGCCAUGUACUGAGCCGUCCGGAGGAGGUGGAGGCUGAGGCGGUCAACCGCUCCGUCACCAUAGCCAAUCAGACAAACUGCCCCUUGUACGUAACCAAGGUGAUGAGCAAGAGUGCCGCUGACGUCAUCGCCCUUGCCAGGAAGAAGGGUACCGUGGUUUUUGGUGAGCCCAUUUCCGCCAGCCUGGGCACUGACGGCUCACACUACUGGAGCAAGAACUGGGCCAAGGCUGCAGCCUACAUCACAUCCCCACCCCUGAGUCCAGACCCAAGCACACCCGACUACCUCAACUCACUGCUGUCCUGCGGGGACCUGCAGGUGACAGGCAGUGCCCACUGCACCUUUAACACUGCCCAGCGCGCCGUGGGCAAAGACGACUUCACACUCAUCCCAGAGGGCACUAAUGGCACCGAGGAGAGGAUGUCUCUCGUGUGGGACAAGUGUGUGGUGACGGGGAAGAUGGAUGAGAACCAGUUUGUGGCAGCAACCAGCACCAAUGCUGCCAAGAUCUUCAACCUGUACCCUCGCAAGGGCCGCAUCGCCGUGGGGUCCGACGCUGACCUCAUCAUCUGGGACCCAGAUGUCACCAAGAUCAUCUCUGCAAAGACUCACAACCUGGCUGUGGAGUACAAUAUCUUCGAGGGCACAGAAGUGCGUGGUAUCCCACUGGUGGUCAUCAGCCAGGGCAAGAUCGUGCUGGAGGAAGGCAACCUGCACACAACGGAAGGUUCCGGACGCUACAUUGGCCGCAAGCCCUUCUCUGACUAUGUGUACAAGAGGAUAAAGGCCCGCAGCCGGCUGGCUGAGCUGAGGGGGGUCCCUAGGGGCCUUUAUGAUGGCCCAGUGUGUGAGGUGUCUGUUACCCCCAAGACUGUAACCCCUGCCUCCUCCACCAAGACCUCACCGGCCAAGCAGCCAGCUCAACCGGUGCGGAAUUUGCACCAGUCAGGGUUCAGCCUGUCAGGUGCUCAGAUUGAUGACAACAUCCCACGGCGCAACACCCAGCGCAUUGUAGCGCCCCCAGGUGGAAGGGCCAACAUCACCAGUCUGGGUUAAGCUUCCCAAAGCUCUUGGUUCACAGGGGAUGGGGGAUCAGCGAUUUGAAGGUCCUUUGUAGAAACCCCACCCCCAAAAUACACAAACAAACCAACCCCCCCGCCCUUCACACCCAACCCCACACCUCCCCAACCCCACAUGGACCCAGCUGAAGAAACUGAUUAGUUGAAUAACUCUUAUGAAAAUAAAUGAAAACCCAUCAUGUUUGAGAUCCGGAUCUUACUUCACUGAGUGUCACCAACAGGUCGCACUGAUCUUUUGUUCUGAGGAAGAGCAGAGGGAGACGUUGGCAGUCUGAGGGCUCUUCAGUCACCAUCAUUUUUCUGUUUUUGCCUUUCGCUGUGCUGUCAGGCCCGGCACCAGCCGAGUCGCGGGGCACUUCUCUGUGGCACUUUUCCUUAUUUACGCCGUUCCACCCCCUGAUCAGCAGGCCCCUAAGGGCCACUGUGCAGAUCCUCUGCUGUCCUGCCUUUGCCAGUUACCAGGUCAGCAUCACACAGAACUCAUCUCACUUUCCUGGCCGACAAACUUUAAUUCAGGCCAGUAUUACUGCUGAGUCACAGAGCCCCUCAUGGAGACUGUGGUACUCAGUUCCCAUUGUGGGCAUUUUGGGGAGUGUGGGGGUCACAGCGAUGAAGCUGCUUGCUGACCCCCCCACCCUGGUCCCCAGAGUCACCCUGUCAGUGCCAGUCAGCUGUUACGCUGGGCCUCCUCUUCCAUGCCUGGUCAUUUCUGAGUUUGCCAUAUCACUCGCGCUGGUCGGGACCUCGCACUCUGGCCAUGAGCCAAGCCUCUGUUUGCUUGCUUGCCCCCCCCUCGAUCUGCUGCGUAGCUUUGGUCUGGCUUUGGGCAGCGACAUCAUACGUGCUGGAUUUUCUGCCAUCUUCUACUGGUUGUUUUAGUUAAGUGGUUGCCAGGGCAACAGGCUCCUGAGUCACCCCUGAUUGGCCCCUCAUAGCUUUCUGUUUGUCUUGACAACUGCUUUGGAUCUGAUGUCACCCCUAGCAACACUCCCAAACCUGGUGCUAUUAGAAUAACAGACCGGGAGUGGCCUGCCUCUGCACUGAGGCCGCUGGCAGUUUCUGAACUGUUCCUCCUUCAGCCAUGUCUGAGAGCUACAGUGUUUUUGAGUAGGAGAGAUGUAUCUGCUCUGACUUGGUCAGGAGGUGCCUUUUUCCAUUGGACUGUCCGUUCUUGCCUGACUAUCUGAGUAACUCAGAGACAAAUGGACAGACUUUUCUCUUUCUUUAUGCUAAGUGUGGCCUCCUUGGUCACUUUCAUUGGUCCAGUGGGACACUCAGAUGCCUUGUCGUGUGUCGAGGGGAGGGGUCUCCCCUCCUGCUUCUCACAACAACAGAAGCCAGGCCCUGCAGCUCCAGCUGCCCCCAAAGGCCAGUAUUGGUGCUGAAACCCAGGGGGGCCACAGGCCAGCUGUCCACAGCCCUGUGACUUAUCCUCCUCAGAAUGCAACCAGCACCCACCCCCCAGGCCUAUCCCUAUGUGUAACAGCCACACCCCAGUCCUGCCUUGGCUGUGCCCCAGUCCUAUCUGCUCCUGCCUGACUCUGCCCCCGCCCAGCUUGCCCUCACCCCUGGCCUCUUUAUCUGCGUCCUGGCCACACCCUGCUUUGUUGGUGCUGCUGUUUUUCUAUACCAUGCUGGUGUGUGAUGUUAGUAAAGUGCAGAUUGAGUGAUGUUUUUUUAUUUUGAAGCUGUUAUGGCCCCCCUCCCCCAGCCAAUCGCCCCCCCCCCCCCUUGGUAAAAGUGAAGCUCACCGUGAUUUAUGUUUCAUAAGGAUGUGUCGACUUCCACUGCUGUUUGCUUCCGAAUGAUAUGAUGAUUAAAGCAGGAAGGAAAAGG